ACGACACCCCGGCAUCCGCCCACACACAUACUCACAACACCCCCAGCUCUUGCUCUCAACAUCCGCGCAAUGUUCCCAUAACCCUCAUGUCAUGCGGCUUCCCGACCACUCCAAUCAUUUGGCCUAUGCAGCACCACCCUUACCCACUCCGCCUGGCGUCCGCAUGCCAUGAACCCCUCCAAUGGCUCUUCACUAUCCACCUCCCAGAGCGGCUCGACCCUGCGGCCAAGAACCAAGAGGCUGAUCUCGGUCGAAGAUGACAUUUACGCGACCGACGGGAGCGACAGUGGCCCGAGUAGGGGUACCUCGAGACUACCCUCGCGGAAUGCCUCUCCUGGCUCGCUUUCACGUACGGGAACCGCCUCGUCUUCUCGUCUCAACGUCACCUCCAGUCCUUUAUCCUCCUUCCAGCGCUCUCCGGGAGCACAACCUCUGAAAUCACCCUCACUAGCAUUAUCGGGGCUCCUGGGAAACUCAUGGUCGGCUAUCCAGGGUAUCGCAGCCACCGUCAUGGCUAGCGACACCUCGGAUGAUACCCGCAAGAGGAAAUCCGGUCACGGACGCCGCACAUCAACGAGCGCACCUCCGCCGAAGCACUGGGGCCCCGCAGGCGCCGGUUCGCAUGUGGGAGCUGGGACACAUGAGGAGAGGGAGGCUAUGGUCAGGGCAUUGAAGCGCAAGGACCUCUUGACCGCCAACGAACAUUUAGUACCAGACUCUGUGGGCCGCAUAAAGCGCAGAAAUUCGGACGAGGACCUAAGUACUCCCGGGGCUGCCACCGAGAACGAGGAUCAAGACGCGCUCGUAUACAUCCACCAUGUCCGACCACAGGACACCCUAGCAGGUCUAAGCAUCAAAUACAACUGUGAGCAGGCAGUACUACGCAAAGCGAAUCGCAUGUGGCCAAACGACAGCAUACAGAUCAAGAAGCAAGUUGUGCUGCCAGUAGAUGCUUGUGGCGUCAAGGGACGACCAGUACAAGGGCCAGAUGCGCUUCCUACAGAAGAUCUUCUGCUAGGGGAAUAUGCCGAUAGCUCAAGUAGCAAGACUUCGGCUGCGAACACACAGGGUCUUCCCAAUGGUUGGAGUUCACCAAAACUAAAGAACCAGGACACUACUACUACUACUAUUACCUCCUCUUCUGAUCCAGAACCGCCAUGGAAGCAUGACUCUUGGGUACUACUACCUAACGAGAGACAACCAACAGAGAUUGCCCGGAUGCCACGUAGAGCGUUGGGUUUCUUUCCGCCGGCCCGACGAAAGUCUCUUGCUUACUCAGAUGCCUCUACGCCUCGACCAUCUGUCGAUGUCCCUCGCUCGUCCACAUCGACAAAUCCCAUUACGAGCUCUCCUUCUCAACCCGUGAGACCGCGUGCAUCAAGUAAUCUUUCCUCGGCCUCGGCGCACAGUCGGCAAAGGAGUACGUCAGGCAAACCCUGGGCUUUGCAAGGCCCAGGUGGUGUAGGCACAUUGGGCAGAAAUGUACGAAGCCCAGGGCCUGCGCAAGAUGGUCUGAACAAAAAGUUUGCUCAGUACUUACCAAAUGUGGCGCCACCACCUGGCCAAGAAUACUUUACACCAUGGGCGCCGAGCUUGCUAGAUGCGGGUGCAGGAACACCGAGUCAAUACGGUGGUUCCGGAGCUGUCACACCACUUGGUGGCCCUGGUCUUGACUUUCAAGAGUUAGGUGGUGCAAUAGAGGGUUGGGUGAGGAAGGUCGGUACACAAGCGCAAAAGCUUCUGAAUGAACCAGGCACCCCCGGACAGGGCAAACGGUCUGCUGUACCUGUGAUUGGAGCUGUCGGCGGCGAUCUGGGUGACCUCAUAGAAUUGCAAGAUGACGCUUUCGAAAUUGGAGACGAAGAACGCAACAGGGGUAGGUCACGAGCGGAAGAGACGCUCGCUUCGACCAGUGAGCGCUCAGCGUCAAGGUCUGCGAAGCAGUAUCAAUCUGCCAGACCAGAUAUCAAUCUCGUGCUCAGAGAAAGGACACGAAAGAGUGAAGGAAACAAGAAAGACUAAGCGGCAAUCAAGCAGCUUCGGAGUUAGGGUUGGAGUUUUAUAGCUGCCUGCAUGGUUUUAUAGCUUAGUGCGGAUUUGGGUGUGACCCUGCGGAUUUGCAAUGCAUUAUUUCUGCACAGUCUCUUGUCAUUCCUGUAAUUAUUGUUACCACCAAGUCCAGUUGGAUCGGCUGUAAAAGCAUAGGCGUAAAAUGUACAUCCGUGUAGAAUUCACUAGUAUAACGACGGUUUUGGUCGGACUGCCGAACA